GAGUGAGGCCAGGGACAGGUCUAUAGGCUGCUGGUACGCCCCAGUACCAUGGCUGCACUGCACUUCUGGGUGUGGGGCGUUUCAGCUGCCACAGGGGUGUGGGUGGCCCUGCUGCAGAGGUCCCGUCAGCAGAGCGGGGGCUGUGUGAGACUGCUUGUCCCUGCCCCCCACUCCACAGGGCCCUGCCCCAAGCCUCUUGCCUGCGAGGGGUGACUGCAAAAAGCUUCAUGAACUAGUCACGGUGCUGCCUGAUUCCCCUGGCUCUGGGCUUAAUGGAGCUGCUGGCACUGACUGUGUGGCCCUCAGCCAGAGCAUCCUCCCUCAGGGGCUGCGGGUUAAUAAACCCAAGACUGCAAGCUCCUGAACCAGCUUCCCUCCUUCCCUGGGUGACUGCAGGCCUGGCAGGCGUGUCGGAGGGAUGCUCUGUGCCUCCAUCACAGCUGCUGCUGGGGGGGGGGCACAAGCUGACAUCGCAGGCUCGGCACUGGGGAGUCUUUGGGGUGCAGAGCUGCCAUUUCACGGCCAGCUGUGAGGCUGCACUUCCUGCACAGCCGUGGCUGCGCUUCCGGAGUGCUGGUAGUGGCUUGUGCGCACUUCCCCUUGAGAAGUAGCAUUUCAGUUGCCCGUGGAAGGACCGGCAGGGAGUGACUGCCCAGGACCAGCCAAAUCUCCCACCUCUGCUCUUGGCUCAGACACCUAGGAGGAGCGGUUUUGCCAUCGGGGGCACAUUGCGCAGGUCCAUUUUUGGGCAGCUGGCUGGACACCACGGAGAGCAGGUAUGUCUGUGCUGCAGAAAAUGGUUAUUGUGGAGACAUGAAGCCAGUGGUCACCCGUGGUCCUGUCUCUGGCCUGGAUUUGCCAGCAAGGAGGGGGCUGUGGGGAGCACAGAAGCCCUCCCCCCCCCCGUGAGGGGCAGGAGUGGGUCCCUGUCCUUCAGCUUUCCCAGUGCAGUGGUGAACCCCCAACCUGCUGCUCUUGACACCAAGGCAGAGGCUGCGCCGCUGUCCUGCUCGUGCACUCACGUGGCUGCCUUGGCCCAUGGAGUCAGGUGGCAUGAGGGAUGCAGUGCCGGAAGCGCACGCAGGUGGUGCUGGCCCUGUGCCUGCUGCUCGUGCUGUGGCAGUCUUUCCAAGCCUCCAUUUCUGGCCUUGGCCACCUUCUGUUCACUCCCUCCCUCUUCGCUGCCCAUCGCCCACUCCAGCCCACCGCCCGCUGCUCCCCCAGCACCAACACCUCUGCCUGGUUCAACGCUCACUACAACACCGCCGUGGGGCCCCUGCUGACAGGCGCAGCCCACGAGCUCUCCCCGGAUGUGGUUCAGUGGUGGCUGACCCUGCAGGGCCCCCCCAGCAGCACCCAGCUCCAGGCCAUAAUCCAGGAGCUUUUCACCGUCCUUCCGGCCCCGAAGGGAAGCGUGUGGGACCCAUCCCAAUGCAGGCGCUGCGCUGUGGUGGGCAACUCAGGGCGGCUGAAGGGGUCCCGCCAUGGCCCACGGAUUGAUGCCCACGACUGGGUGCUGAGGAUGAACAGAGCCAAGACAGCAGGCUUUGAAAUGGAUGUUGGCACGAGGACAACCCAUCACUUCAUGUACCCAGAGAGUGCGAUGAACCUCUGGCCUGGCGUCCACCUUGUCCUAGUGCCCUUUAAGCCUCUGGACCUGAAGUGGGUGACCAGUGCCUUCUCCACAGGAGAGCUCUCACACACCUACGUGAGAGUGAAACAGUUCAUCAAAGCUGACAGAAACAAGGUGCUGAUCCUGAACCCGGCUUUCCUCAAGUACAUCCAUGAGACCUGGCUGCAGGGCCACGGCAGGUAUCCCUCCACUGGCUUCACAGCGCUGCUCUUUGCCUUGCACACCUGCCAACAGGCCCUGGUGCUCUGUGCCCAGAGAGGGCUUCUCCCACUCUGCAGUGAUGCCUCUGCAAAAGGGGGAGGCAGGCACUUGCUGCAGGCUCUUGGGCAGACCGAGUGCCCACGCAGCAAUGGCUCUGCUGGCCUGCCCGCAGGUCUCUGUGUUUGGCUUUGGAGCAGACAGCAAAGGGAACUGGCAUCACUACUGGGAAGAAAACCGUUGGUCUGGAGCCUUUCGCAGGACGAGGGUCCACGACGCUGAUGUUGAAUUCAGCCUCAUCCAGAGACUGGCAGCUGAAGGCAGAAUUUUAUUCUACAAAUGACAUAUCCAAGAAACUGAAGCCAAGCUGUUAGCACAAGAACUGGCUGCUGGCAGCUGGCGCAGCUCUGUAGCUUGCUUCUCCCCUGCGCUGCUGUGUGCCUGGGCUGGCCGUUGCACCUGGCCAGGGGUCUUGGUGCUGGUGCUGGGCCCACCAGCUUGGCUCCGCAAGCACGAGUGGCAGUGGGAGCUCAGUUUAGCCAGGAGGAUGUUUUCUGCAGGUCCAGGUCUUCACCAACCAGGACACCAAGGGGCAGAAGUGGGGCUCACUGCCUGCUUUCAGAGCUCUAAGACUGCGUGGGUUACGUCCCAGGGAGGUUGCAACUGUGGCCAUGUUCACGCAGCCGGCUGUGCCAAUGCAUCUGUCCAUGUGCUGGGGCUGAAAUUUGCCCCCACUGAUGGCUUUGGGGGAGGUUUAUUGCUGUUCUUUGGGCAGGCAGAGAGGGGCAUCUUCCCUUCCUGUUUUUUUUUUUUAUAACUAAGGAGUAUUUUCAUAUUGUAUCAAAGGAGACUAAGACAUGAAAAAAAUCAAGUAUGGUAAGUCUGAAUACAGCAGACUUAAGUACAGCUGAAAUGAUCAUAUGUUGAAUAAACUUUGAAAGCACACGUGGAGCUAUUAUUUGUUUUACUGUACUGCUCUAAAAAGACAGUGCACUUGAUCUCAGCCCUUUUCUGUACAAAAAGAUCACAGACCCUGAAGCCUGAGCUCCAUGAAAUAGGUUUCCUCCUCCAGAGCAAGAUUAGCAGAAGCUGCAAUUGCUGGCGCUCUGCCUCCCUGACCAGGGACAGAAGCAAGCACCUCCCCACGCUCCAUUUUUUGCUGAUGCACUGGAACACACACUCCCUGUUUUGCAAGCAGGCUGCUAAAUUCAAAAGCUUUAGCCACUCAGUCCAAGCAGAUUCUUUUAAAGCAGCUGCAAAGAAAUAGUUUUUCAAAUGUCUUCUGAGAAACAUGCCAAGCAUGGGACUACUCAGACCCCUGCUACUCAUUCUGCUCCGCAGAGUGCAGUGACCAACACAGCAGCUUGCCAUUUCCUUUCAGUCACAAACAUGAAUGUCCUUGAAUCAGACCAAGCUUUGUCAUUGUUACAUCAUAUUAGUAACUUGGAAAGUCACCAGAUCUCAACUGCUCAUCAGCUUCCAUUUUAUAGCAGAAACCUGUUAUCAUCCCUGAUCUAACCAUUAGCUUCACCUAAUUUCUGCCUCUCCAGGUAGAAUCCCCAUUUCUCUGCAAGUUUUGCUUCUCCUUUAAGGAUCCCUCAGCACUUUCUAUGCAAACACAGUACAAUUAAACUGCCAUCUCUCUGCUCUAUCCCCUGUCUGCAAACCAGAUGUUGCUCUCUGUUAUCUGGGCCCCCAGAGAAUGCAAGUCUUGCACUUACCCUGCCCGUCGCCUUCCUUGUGUCUUCUCCAGGUGCUAAGCAGUGCUCUGUGUGAUGCUCUCCAUUGGUUUUCUGAGGUUUACAAGUAACUGGCUUUCUUGCCAAAGUCAAGUGAUUAGCUGCUUUAACAGUGAGUUAAACUCUUACUAUGUUAUUUCCAUUUAUUUUCACACUCUUGAUUAUUCUUUCAAAUUUAGUUACAAACCUGUGUGCUCUGAUGAGUGACUGAAGGGCCUAGAGCAGUUCAGCUCACUUUCUGUUCCCAGUAACACAGAUACUAUCUUCCCUUCUCACGCUGCAGUAGAACAAUAUGACCCUGACCUGACGGACUUAUUAAAUAUCCUUGUUUCAAA